CCACUCUGUCCUUCCCCAGAUGACAGUGAUCACCCUUUGUUUCGAGCUGCCCCAGCCCGGGGUGUGUGGUAAGUACCUACAUGGCCCCAGCGGGUUUGGGACAGUUUGUCAAGAGCCUGUGGAAUGGUGCUGGACUGGGUCUGCUACCCUCAUACAGUGCCUGUUCUGUAUACACCUGCUCAGUUUUGGGGUCAUUCUGAGGGUUUUGGCCCUGUCCUUCGUCUCACUGCACCCAGCAAAGCUGUGAGGGUCUCCAAAGACACCUGCAGUCACAGCUAUGUGUGUUUCCUCUACAGCAAGGUGAUGUGUUUCCACCCCUGGUCGGAUCUGACGCUGCCCCUCAUGUCCCUGCCAGAGAUCCGGGCUGUCAUCGAUGCGUGGGCAGAGCUGGCGACUGAGCUGGGGGCUUCCUACCCCUGGGUGCAGAUCUUCGAGAACAAGGGAGCGAUGAUGGGCUGCUCCAACCCGCACCCCCACUGCCAGGUGUGGGCCAGCAGCUUCCUCCCAAAUGAAGCGUGCCUGGAGGACCGGACCCAGCGCCAGCACCUGAGCCAGCACGGCAUGCCCAUGCUGCUGGAGUAUGCUGAGCAGGAGGCUUGCCGAAAGGAACGGCUGGUGGUGGAGAAUGCAGACUGGCUGGUUGUGGUGCCAUAUUGGGCUACCUGGCCCUACCAGACCCUGCUGCUGCCCCGCCGCCAUGUCUGUCGCCUCCAGGACCUCAGUGACAGUGAGAAGGACAGCCUGGCCUCCAUCAUGAAGAGGCUGCUCAUCAAGUAUGACAACCUCUUCGAAGUCUCCUUCCCCUACUCCAUGGGCUGGCAUGGAGCCCCCACAGGCCCCUACCUGGAGGAGGACUGCAGGCACUGGCAGCUCCAUGCCCACUACUACCCCCCAUUGCUGCGCUCUGCCACCGUCCGCAAGUUCAUGGUGGGAUACGAGAUGCUGGCACAGGCACAGAGGGACCUCACCCCGGAGCAGGCAGCUGAGCGCCUGAGGAGCCUCCCCGAGGUGCACUACAAGAAGAGGGCUGAGGAGCUGUGAUGGGGAGCAGCAGAGCAUCCAGUCCUCGGAUGUGAGUGUGAGGGGGGAUCUUACUGCUUUCCACCACUACCUGAAAGGAACUCAUAGCCAAGUGGGGGUUGGUCUAUUCUCCUGGAUAACUAAUGGUAGGACAAGAGGGAGCAGCCUGAAGUUGUGCUAGGGAAGGUUUAGAUUGGAUGUUGGGGAAUAUUUCUUCACCGAAAGGGUGGUUAGACAUUGGAACAGGUUGCCCAUGGAAGUGGUGGAAUCACUCUGCCUGGAAGUAUUCAAAAAAAUGUGUAAAUGUGGCACUUAGGGCAUGGUUCAGUGGUGGGCUUGACAGAGUUAUGCUAACAGUCGAGAUUUAAGAUUGUAUCAUUUGGUAUGCUCACUAAGGCCACCAGUCAGCUGGGAGUGGUCUGAGAAUUCAUGUCAGAUGUGAGCCCUCUGAGCUCCCAGAUUCUCCUGAACCUUGUCACGGCUUGGCUGGUUUUUGGGACUGGUUUUGCCUGUUUGGGGACUCAGGGCCUAAUCCCGUGGCAUCCUUGUGUAGGUGGUGUUCCUUGUCUCUUUCACCAUCCCAGGCUCUAUCUUCUGCCCCCAUGGCAUGUUCCUACCACCACUAAAGGGCUUACCCUCCUUACCAGUCCAGUCUCACUGGUGGGACUGGGAGUUCUGCCCCGUGGAGGUGCACAACCCACCUGGACAAUAAAACCUGGAAGCAAAGUG